UGCGACCGGGAGAGCGCCCUGUGCCGGGGGGGGGCCGGAGGGAUCCCCCGGGGGCUCCCCCCCCGCCUGGCCACACUGUCACUGGUUCGGUGGCACAUCGAGGUCCUGGCCGAGGGCAGCUUCCGCCACACCCCGACCCUGCAGCUGCUGUUGGUCACCGCCGGGAGCUUGGGGACCAUCGGGGACGGGGCCUUUGCUGGACUGGUGUUCCUGGAGUACCUGUUCAUCGAGGACAACGAGGUCGGGACCAUCGAACCCACCGCCCUGCGGGGCCUCCGGGGGCUCCUGUUCCUGAGUUUGGCCAACAACCGCCUGGAGACGCUGCCUCAGGGGCUCUUCCAGGGGCUGGAGACCCUGAGCCACCUGGACCUGCGGGGGAACCCGUUCCGCUGUGAUUGUCGCCUGCGGUGGCUCCUGUCGUGGCUGGGGACAGUCCCCUCCUCCCCCGAGACUGCUGGGCGCUGCCGCAGCCCCUCCCCCCACCAAGGGACCCCCCUUGCCCACCUGGACCCCCAGGACUUCCAGUGCCAGCGGGCAGAGCUCCGGCCAUUCCAGUCCCUGCCCUUCUCAUCCCUGGGGGCCGAGUCUUUCACGCUAGGGGGGCACCAGGGGGUGGCCCUGGCCCAGCCCUUUGCCGGUGCCUGCGCCCUCCUGGAGUGGGACCAACUGGCUGGGAGGUUCCGGGCCCCCACCAUCAUCAACAGCUCCUCUCCAGUGGCCUGCCACCCGCUGCCCCUUGGUGGGUCCCUCUUGGUGGUGGUGGCCCAGCUCCGGGGUGGUUCCUGGGUCUGGCGCCGCUCUGGUGGCCCCGGGGCCACCUUUGUUCGCCACCAGAGCCUCGGAGCGGGGCGGCUGCGUCGCCCCCACGCCGUGGCCACCGCCCGUCUCGGGGGCCACCUGUACCUGGGUGUGGCCGACAGCUCCAAGGGUGGCACCAGCACCGUGUUCCGGUGGGGUGGGCGCGGCUUCUACCCCCACCAGACCCUCCGGGCGUGGCACCGCGACACCCACCUGGAGUUCCUGGAGCUGGGCGGGCGCCCAGCACUCGUGGUGUGUUCAGGGGCCAGGAGACCCCUCGUGUACCGGUGGAGUGGGGGGGUCUUCACCCCCCACACCGACAUCCCCCACGUGCCCGACGUGUACGCGGCGAAGCACUUCCGGCUGAGGGGACACGUAUUCCUGUGCCUCACACGGUUCCUGGGGGACGCCAAGGUGAUGCGCUGGGAGGGCUCCAUGUUCCGGGAGAUCCAGCAGGUCCCGGCUCGGGGGUCGAUGAUCUUCCAGCCACUGACCUUGAGUGGCCACCGCUACGUCCUGCUGGGCAACGACUUUGCCCUGAGCCGCGUGUUCCGCCUGGGCCCCGAGGGGCACCUGGAGCCCACCCAGGAGCUGCUGGUGCCCACCCCCCGUGCCUUUGUCCCUGUCACCAUUGGCCAACGGCACUUCCUUGUGGCCUCUAGCUUCAAAGGGGCCACCCAGAUCUACCAGCACAUGACCAUAGACCUCGAGGCAUGAGAGGACAUGGGGACAUCAACCAUCAUGUCACCAUGGACUGAUCACUUGAGGGAUGGGGGGACACCACGUGACCAUGGACCUGGUCACCUGAGGGACAUGGGGACAUCAUCCCUCUCACCAUCAUGCACCUGGUGCCACCAUCCCCCUGAUGACCCCAUUGGCCUCGUGUUCCCUCCUGGUGUCAUCACUGCCCUGAUGUCCCCAAGGCCACCACCUCACCUUGUCCCCUCCUGGUGACACCACUGCCACAAUAUCCCCAAGGCCAAGCCUGAUGUCACCACUGAACUUGUGUCACUUCCUGGUGUCACCAUGGCCCUGAUGUCCCCUGUCCCCUCCUGGUGCCACCACCAACUCCAAAGCCACCUUCAACCUGAUGUCACCAUUGGCCCAGUUUCAUCUUUUGGUGCCACCAAUGCCCCGAUGUCCCCAAGGCCACCAUCACCACAGUAUCACCACUGGCACAAUGUCCCCUCCUGGUGCCACCACCAACUCUGUGUCCCCAAGGCCAUUGUCACCGCAGUGUCACCAUUGGCCUUGUGUUCCCUCCAUGUGCCACCCUCAACCCUGUGUCCCCAAGGCCCCUGUCACCACAAUGUCACCAUUGGCCUUGUGUUCCCUUCAUGUGCCACCCCCAACCCUAUGUCCCCAAGGCCACUGUCACUGCAAUGUCACCAUUGGCCUUGUGUCCCCUCCAUGUGCCACCCACCAUCCCCAAAGCCACCAUCAAGCUGAUGUCCUCUCCUGGUGCCACCAUCCCCCUGAUGUCCCUGAGGCCACUAUCUACCCAUGUCACCUGGUCCCCUCCACGUGCCACCCCCCAGCACUGUCCCCUGUCCCCCCUGAUGU